AAAAAUUAGCUUUAAAAAUAUUGCUACCUGAUCAAUAGUUACAUUUUUAUACAAUAAAAGAAUCGAUAGAAUCUUGGUUACGUUGUUUUUACUCUCUUUCUCUUUUUUCUCUGCUUCUCUAUACCUUUCUGUCUAUCGCUCUCUCCUCUCUCUCUCUCUCGUCUCACUAUAGCUAUUAGAAAAGAAAAAAAUGACGGAUAAAGUAGAAAAUGCAGGUGAUACUCCGAAAAAAAUUGUGUUCUUCUCAAUAAUUCUAUUUUUAAUAAUUAUACAUGGAAUUACUAUUUGCGUAAGGCAGGAUAAGGCAAUAGAAGAAAUAGAUCAAGAUUAUGAACCAAAUGCAUUUAGAGCUACUUUUAUACCAUAUUAUUUUAUUGGUAAAUAGAAAUAUAGCCAUAGAUUUUACAUCCUUGCUGUUCUCAUAUACGGAGGAGUUAAGGGUAUUAUACCUCCUGUCGGAAUAGCUGGUUAUAAAAAAUUAAAUAAAUUAAUGAUCUGGAUUGUACUAGGUACCACUAUAUUGUACUUGAUUCAAGUUAUAGUUCAUCUAUCAGUUGAUGUUACAAGUUUAAUCAAAUCUAGAACAGAAAAUUCGAUAUGCUAUUGUCAAAGUGUUCUUGAAUCCUUAAGAUUGACUGGAAAUGCUCCUAAUCAGUGUGGUUAUAAUUGUAGAUGUUUUGUACCGAAAGAAGACGAUCGAUUAUAUGAUGUUCUUGUUAGAGCUCCUACAUCUUCAGAAAUAACUAAAGAGAUUAAAAAACAAGGCCUGGAGGUUUUUGACGGAAAUUUUGUUGUGAAAAGCGGAACUUACGAUGAUAAUAAUAAUUUAGAAAAGCUAUCUUCCGACUUUCCGAAUACAAGAAUUGUAAUGGUACUCAUUCAAUCAUCUGCUUUUAUAACCGUUCUAGUAUCUCCAAUAUUUGCGUCUGCUGUAGUCAAAAAAUGGAAUAAAGACUACUUUCAAGCAGCGAUAUCUAUAUCGUUUUAUAGUUUUCUGGAGUUGAUUGAUGCAUUCGAACUGGUUGAUGAAGUGAUAGACAAUAUCGACUUUUACAUUGAUAAAAAAUCAUUAGUAAAUGCUAUAUUAGCUUUUGUUUCGAUUGCUAUUUUCACCCUACCUCUUUCAUCAUUUGUGUUGGCUGGAACAGAUAAAAAUUGGAAAGGUAGGAAUUUUUCAGAGAUAUUAAAAAAUUACAAAAUAUUCACAAUGUGUUUAUUAAACAUACCAUUUAUAUGUAUAAGAAUAAGAAUUGUUUCACUCUACGGGGCAUUGGAUAGUGAUAAUAGCAGUCUCGUUUCAUUUAUACUUAUCUUUAAAGAAAUGGCUAUGAUUGUUAUAGCUGUUAUUGAAAUAUACGUUGAUUGGAAAUAUGAAAGUGAAGAAAAAUCAACCAAUAAACCUCCUCCUGUUAAUCGCGUUGCGCCAGCAACGAAAGCUAGUUCUGUCUCUCUAACGGAACCACAUUCAUAAGAAACGAACAAAUUAUUGAAGAGGAUUUGAUUACUAACUCUUUUUUUACACUGCAGAUAGAGCUACCAAUCAUACACAAACUACAGUUUGUUUUAAUAUAUUGCCUAUAUGAAUUAUAGUGAAUCUAUUGAAAUUUUCAAAGCUUCUAGGUUAAAAGGUGAUGUGUACUUGUUUACUUAAAAGGUAUUCGUGACCCAGUAGGAG